GUAGGUUGAAUUAAUUUUUUGUGAUCCGCUUGCAUCCUUGCUACAACACAUUAGGAGAACAGCUUAUCAAAAAAAAAAAAAAAACACAUUAGGAGAACAGACAAGACAGAACCAAAAGGAAAGUGAAUUGCAUAAUGAUGGCAUUAUCAUCAGUGGCGAACACUUUCACUCUUCCUCGCUUUACCUUCAACAAUAACUCAUCUUCUUCUUCCUCCAUCUCAAAAAUCUUCACUUUCUCCACUCCUUCACCCAUCAUCAAUGCAUCUUCCUCAAUAUCACGCUCAUUCACUUUCCCUCGAGCCAUGUCUUCUUCUCCUUCUCCCUCUUCUUCUUCCCCCUCCUUUGGCUCUCGUCUCGAAGAAACCGUCAAAAACACCCUUUCUCAAAAUCCUGUUGUCGUUUAUUCCAAAUCCUGGUGCUCCUAUUGUUCCGAGGUUAAAUCAUUGUUCAACAAACUUGGUGUUCAACCUUUGGUCAUCGAAUUGGACGAAUUGGGUCCACAAGGUCCACAGUUGCAGAAAUUAUUGGAAAGAAUCACUGGCCAAUACACUGUCCCAAAUGUCUUUAUAGGUGGCAAUCACAUCGGUGGCUGUACAGAUACACUUAAGCUGUACAGGAAAGGAGAACUUGAAACUCUGCUAUCAGAAGCUGUUGCUAAAAUUAAGGGAAGCUAAGACCUUGUCAAUAUUACUCUCAUCCUAUAGGGAAUCUGUUCCGGUUAUCGAUUUGUCCACAUGUUGGUUGAAACUUGAAAGCACUGAGUUUAUACAUCGAUGUUUAGAUAUUAGACCCUAAUAAACUUUGUAAUUGAAGAGUUUAUAUAACUGAAUUAAGCAACUUUUAUAUCUGGAAGACUGUAUUUAUAUUUUUCUUCAUUAUUAUGUAAUGAUUCUUCUUCAA